CCCAACGGAGGAGAGGCAGUGUGUGUGAACAAGUACAGCAUGGCGGUUAGUAGUUGUGCAGGGAUAUGGGAACUCUUACAGUAAUAUGCAUACAUUGGCUAUCUGUGGUUUGUGUACUCGAUUGUGAGGAUGGAGUAACGAAGUAUGUGAUGGAAAAUAAACUGAGGCCUUUCCGAAUAUAUGGACUAAUGCGUAUUCACUAAAAGGACAGCUUUCAUACAAUGUUACUCUGGCAGAAACCUUACAGUACUGUUUCAAUUUCAAAAUGAAAGGGUUUUGCUUCUACCAAAUAUAUUCUAUAUCCUACUACAACUGCGUACGAUUAAUUGCUGCAGUGUCAUGUGAUCACAACAUACCUGUCAUGUGAUUCAGCCCCAGGGCGGUGGGCUUGUGAGUCAGCAGCAUGGAAGCUAGAAGUUUAUGUCAUUUUCCGAAAACAGAGUCUGAUGUACCCAUGAACUGAUUUGGAGAGGAAUCGUUUUGGACCUCGCUAUGCCCAAGAACAAAUAGUUCUUAAAGAUAAUAAUGGAGUACUGCAAGUGGCGUGACGACGGAACCAGUAUGAUGUCGGAUGAUGAGGGGCUUGAAGCUGACAGUUCGGCCAGUACCUCCCAGCUACACCAGCAGGUGAAUGCUGAUUCAAUGGAUGUAAUGUUCAAAAAUCAAAAGCAGUGUGUAAAAAACUCUAUAGAGUGCAAAUGGCACCUGGCAGAAGCCCAGCAAAAACUCUGCAGCCUGGAGCUGCACAACUCGGAGUCUGUAGAGCAGGAGCAUGCCAAAGCCCAGGCCGAUUCCUCUGAGCUGAGACAGACGGAGCAGGAGUGGAGACGCAAAGAGAAGAUGCUAAUAUGGGGUGAGAGGCAGAACCCCUUGCUCAGCAAUGCCCUCAGCAGAGAGGUGUUUGAUAAGAGUUUUAUAAACAUUAAAAGUGGAAACAAAGAAGCAGGUGAGGAUAGAAGCAAAAGCUUUGUACAGCAAUAUGAAGAACAGCUCAAACAUUUUGGCAUGCUAAACAGAUGGGAUGACAGCCAGAGGUACCUCUCUGAUCACUCUCAUCUUGUCUGUGAAGAGACUGCCAAUUACCUCAUUCUGUGGUGCUUCCAUUUGCAGGCGGAUAAGAAAGAAGCCCUGAUGGAGCAGGUGGCCCAUCAAGCCAUGGCCAUGCAGUUUAUUCUCGAAAUGGCCAACAGCCAUAAAGUUGACCCCAGGGGCUGUUUUCGACAGUUCUUCCAGAAAGCAAAAGCAGGAGAGGAAGGCUAUUUGGAAGCCUUUACAACGGAACUAGAAGCAUUCAAGUGGCGAGUGAAACAACAUAGCAGUGGCGAGAUUUCCCAGGAGAUGCAGCAUCAGAAGUCCAUGAACUUCUGCUGUCUGGAUCCUAUGAAAGACAUGGAAUCGUCGGCACCAAGAGGAUUCCAGCUUCAAGAUAGGCAGAUUCUUCCGAGUGCACAAAGUAAUAUGAAUCCACAGGUUGCUGAAUAUUAUAUAAAGCACUGCAUAGAUGCUGGCCUGUGGGUUGUGCCAACCAAAGGAGCAAAAGAGGAUAUAGAUGAAACUGGAAUGAUGGAGACUUCAUAGCCAAAGAAUUGUGUUCCACUGCAAUAAGCAGAGCAAUGCUUCCUUAAACAGGGUGGGGUAUGGGAGAGAUUGAAACUAUUUUUGUAUUGGAAUUGGUAUGCGCCUGAAUGAGAGUUGCACUAUAUUUGUUCAAAAGUAUUUAAGAGGAAAGUGUAUUUUGUUGUAUAUUUUUUUGCUUUGUUGUUUUUAUGUUAGUUAAAAAAGGCUGCACUUUCCGUAGGUUCAGAUAGCAUAGUGGUGGUGCUAGUACGAAGAUUAUAUAACAUUUAUGUUACCAAUAAAUAGUCUUCCCUCUUCCAUAGUAAACUUUGCAAGAAAUGGUUGCAGUUCAUGUGCAGAGCAGCAUCGAAUAAAAUCUGCAGUCACAGCAGGUUCAUUCAUAACCUUGUGUCGUUAUAGAAAAAUAACUUUGUUAUGAUGUUAUCGUCAGCAAGUACACUGAAACUUCAAAUUAAUGCUGCAGUAUUCUGGGUGAAUUGUGUGAAAAACAGAAGUUUCCCCUUUCAAGAUGUAUCCUUUUAUGUGUGUUUGUUGUGUGUUUGUUUUUUUUUUCCAUAGAAAUGAAGGUUAGAUACCAUACAUAGAUUUAUUGAGUAUUCUACAAUUUAACCAUACUAUAGAUAUUUAAACUGGUUAAUCUCUUUUGCUCAGCUACAUUUUUUAUCAGUUUCAGAACAAUUUCAGAACAGAACAAUUUUAGACAUCACAAAACAAGACUAAAAUUAAGAAGCUAUUCAGAAAUUAAAGGUUUCUCUUUGAUUUUGAAUUUUAUCUAAAAAAUAACUCCCUUAUUUUGAAUCACUGCUCCAUCUAUGUGAAUGUCAUUUUUACAUACAGUGUGAUUCACACCAAGUUGUUUUUCAGAGUAACCCUAAAGAGUGUUACAUUGUUGUUCACGUGUGUUACAGUCCCCUAAUGCUCUAUGAUGUAGACACAGUGUUCUAUUUCCAGUUAACAAUUUCUGUUAAAGUUUAGGAAUGUUAAGCAUAUGCUGUAGGAUACAAUAAAAAGUGUUCAUUAACUUUCAACACUUACUGCAUCAGAAACUGUUUCAGAUUUCAUCAUUGCAGGAUUACAGAAACUACUCUACUGAUAACACUAUGUAACACAAUUUUUGUUCCUGGGUAGUAAGUGUUAUUUCCUAAUUGCU